GUUUCUGAGUUGCUAGUUGAAUUGGAGAAUUACUUUUAAAAGUUGAUCGUUGUUGUCCAUUUGCUCAAAUGGGGAUUUUCCACAGCAUGAAGAAAACUCGGACUCUUCCCUUUCUAAUUAUCGUGCUUCUUCACAGCUCUAGUUUGAUUUGUGGACAGCUUUCACCGAGUCAAGCAGAGGUAGUGAGAGAAAUCAAGGAAACCAACCGAGCCCUGGCUGAGAUCAAGGAGCUCCUGAAGCAACAGAUAAAAGAGAUCACAUAUCUGAAGAACACAGUGAUGGAAUGCGAAGCCUGUGGCAUGCGAAAUGGGAAUGUUAGACCUACAGCUGAAUCCAGGAGCUGCAUCCCCAACCCAUGCUACCCUGGUGUCCACUGCUUAGAGACAGUUUCAGGGGUCUUGUGUGGUCCUUGUCCAGAAGGUUUGACUGGGAAUGGAACAUACUGUGCAGAUAUUGAUGAGUGCUCUGUGUUCCCAUGUCACCCUGGUGUGAGGUGCGCCAACACCUUUCCUGGCUUUCGUUGUGGUCCUUGUCCUGAAGGCUACUCCGGGCCCACCUUGGAGGGAGUGGGAUUGUCCUUUGCACAAAGUCAAAAGCAGGUUUGUGAAGAUGUAGACGAGUGCAGCAGGGGAAACCAUGGAGGUUGUGUCGCCAACUCUCUCUGCAUAAAUACACAGGGGUCUUAUCGAUGCGGGCCAUGUAAAGCAGGGUACACUGGUGACCAACGUCGAGGCUGUCGUGCAGAAAAGGCCUGUGCCAAUGGACUGCCCAAUCCAUGCCAUAGUAAAGCAGAUUGUAUUGUUCAUCGGGAUGGAUCAACAACUUGUGUAUGUGUUCCUGGAUGGGCAGGAAAUGGAUUUAUUUGUGGCCCUGAUAUUGACAUUGAUGGCAUCCCAGAUGAGAGGCUAUCGUGUCCUGAAAACAACUGUCAAAAGGACAACUGUAUGACUGUGCCCAACUCAGGCCAAGAAGAUGCUGAUUCAGAUGGGAUUGGUGAUGCCUGCGAUGAGGACGCUGAUGGAGAUGGAAUCUUUAAUGUGGAGGACAACUGUGUUCUCGUGCCCAACACAAACCAGAGAAAUGUGGAUCAGGAUGACUUUGGGGAUGCAUGUGACAAUUGCCAAGUGACCCAGAACAAUGACCAGAGAGACACAGAUGGGGAUGGCAAAGGUGAUGCUUGUGACAGCGAUAAGGAUGGAGACGGGGUCAGAAAUAUUCACGACAACUGUGAAACAGUGCCAAAUCCCGAUCAAAAGGACAGUGACAACGAUGGAGUGGGUGAUGCUUGCGAUAGCUGCCCAAGAGUGGGCAAUCCUGACCAGCUGGACAUUGACAAUGACCUCAUUGGUGAUCCAUGUGACACAAACAAGGACAGUGAUGGUGAUGGACACCAGGAUUCUCGUGACAACUGUCCCAUUGACAUAAAUAGCUCACAACUUGACACAGAUCAUGAUGGCAUUGGGGAUGAGUGUGAUGAUGAUGAUGAUGGUGACGGAAUUCCUGAUGUGUACCCCCCAGGGCCAGACAACUGUCGACUUAUACCAAAUCCUUACCAGGAAGAUGCAGACGGUGACGGUGUAGGCAAUGUUUGUGAACAUGACUUUGACAAUGACACAGUUAUAGACAACAUUGAUGUGUGUCCUGAAAACGCUGAGGUGACACUCACAGACUUCCGUGCCUAUCAAACUAUUGUUCUCGACCCAGAGGGGGAUGCUCAAAUUGACCCAAAUUGGGUGGUUCUCAAUCAGGGAAGGGAGAUUGUCCAGACCAUGAACAGUGACCCUGGUCUUGCCGUUGGCUACACUGCCUUUAAUGGAGUCGAUUUUGAAGGAACAUUCCAUGUAAACACAGAAACCGACGAUGAUUACGCUGGCUUUAUCUUUGGGUACCAGGACAGCUCUAGUUUUUAUGUGGUUAUGUGGAAGCAGGUGGAGCAGAUUUACUGGCAGGCUAACCCAUUCCGUGCUGUGGCUGAGCCUGGGAUUCAACUCAAGGCAGUCAAAUCAAUCACUGGCCCCGGAGAGAAUCUUCGCAAUGCUUUAUGGCACACUGGACAUACAGCCGAUCAGGUGAAGCUGCUAUGGAAAGACUCAAGGAACGUCGGAUGGAAGGACAAGACCUCCUAUCGUUGGUUUCUCCAGCACAGGCCUCAGGAAGGCUACAUCAGAGUACGGUUUUAUGAAGGACAGCAUAUGGUGGCAGACACUGGGGUCAUUGUUGACACAACCAUGCGUGGUGGACGCCUUGGAGUCUUCUGCUUUUCUCAGGAAAAUAUCAUCUGGGCAAAUCUACGCUACCGCUGCAAUGAUACUCUCCCGGAGGACUUUGAAAGGCACAAAUCCCAGCACGGCCGCUUCCAGGUUUGAUUUGGCAUGACGGACGUGCACAGAGAGAUGGAGAAAGAGAGACAAAUGUGCCUCUGCUUGAAUUCUGGUCAUUUUGUUGUACAAACAUAUAAACCUAAAAUAUGUUGCUGCUCAAGGUUAAAGCUUUGCUACUGGAUAGAUCUGUGUUGAAAUGUUGGUUUAUUUGUAUAAUAAAAACAAAAAUGGAGACUUAAAAAAGCUUCUUGACUGAGUGCUCUGCUUUGUGGUGGUGUGGACUGAAAUCGUCUGGAGUGCCGGAGUGGCAUUGCUGAAUAUUGGCAGGACAAACAGAACUGUAUGGUGUCUUUACCGAGUAUUCCCCCUGCUAUAGCCCUGCAUUGUCAUAACGUUUGUGAGACUUACCAGGAAUGUUUACUGAGUUCAUCUCCUCCCGCCCUUUAAG